UUCAAAUCCCCAGCUUGGACCCACGGUUGAUGGCCGGUCGGUCUGGAACUCGACCCGUCACGGCGUCAACGCGUCAGCCUCAACCAGUCCCUCGGCUACCCGAUCGCAGCGUUCGAUGCGACAUGACGAUGGUGGUGGUGAUGACGAGUAGGUAGGUAGGUAGGUAUGGACUGAGUACACGGUGACUGCAGGGACGUGUCCAGUAAGUUGGCCCAGUCCGGUUGAUGUUAUUUUGGUCGGUGCCUCUAGUGGGGCAGAGCACAGCAACCGGAUGCCAGAUGACGAAGCGUCGGGGGAAAUGGAUGGAAACUGGGAGGAGAAAAGGAGGAUAGCUGCGAAUCAGUGGUUCUCCUUCCUCCCCUGGACUAUCCCUGGGUUAUCCCUGGGGAUCACCGCAACGGAUGACAGCAAACAGUGGCUAUUGAUGGCUGAUGCACGGGGCACUCGGAGAUCCCAAGGCCCAUGGCAAUGGCAGCGGCUCUCCCAAUCCGGCAUUCCCGUCUCUCCUCCAGCUGCGACGGAUGGACGGGGUCCUCAGUGGGAGGGCAGGUACAUACAUACAAACUCACAAACUCCCUUCCCUGCGGUGUAUCCUGAAUAUCUUGGAUGCCUCCGAGAUGUCCACGAUCACAGAUCGAAGGAUAGGAUCGUUUCAACUCCUUACUUUGGCCGCCCUGCCGGUCGGGAUGGCGGCUGGCGGCCGAUCUGCAUGCCUCGAAUCACCGAAUCAAUCACAUCGUUGCCCCCCGUCAGUCGGCAGUGCGCCAGGAUUACUUGCUGCAUCAGGGGACCUUCACGGCUCCACUACCAUAUUCGUCUGCCUGGUCUGCAUCCGCUGGAUUUAGAACUCCCCAUGGCAGAUACCAAAUAGAGUAAGUGUGCCUGGCUAAUGGCUAUGGCCCAGCGAUCAACGAUCCAAGCCCGAAGAUCAAACGGCAGUCGAAUAAAUAGCGGCCCCCCAGCCACGACGCACCCCGGGGUGCUUCGUACGCGCCCGAUCCUGCUACUGGCUUGUAUCACGCAGCCCCUAUCCAUGAUGUCAAUCAA